UGUGGGAUUCUGGGAGUACACAUUUUGCUCAGGCUGUGUCUCUGUACUGUAAUACUAAUAGCCAAACAAAAGAAUGACAGACUAGUUUUGAUUUGUACCAUGACUACAGCAAGGGGUAAAAAGGCGUCACAUCAGUUAUCUGAGAAGACUGAAUAUUGCAACAUAUCGGUGUGCUGACAAAUACAGAAACUACGCAGAUUGAACAACGUACUUUGAGCAUUAAAAAAAGCCAUGAACUUGCAGGGGUUGGACUGAUUUGCCACAUCAACAGCUGCUGUACAUGUGCAGCGUGAGCGUUUUUCUCUGCAGUUAUAUUUAUGUUAGGCAUUUAGUGUGCUUAAAUGCAAAGUAACAUUUUACCUGCAUAGUAAAAGCAAAUGCAUAACAAGUCUUGGACUUGGUAUCAGAAGGUCAGCCAUUCUGAGAAAGCGAUACCAUUUAAUGAUGUGGAGCACGGCGGGAGGAGCAACUUUGCAGUUUUUUGUUAAAGCCCUGAAACAUACAGCAUCGAAAAGUCACCUACAACUGAACCGAUGGUUACAGCGAGCAGCCCCAGAUUCCACGGGCAGCGCUGAAAUGGAUAUUGUGAUCUGCAACACUUAUGAGGAAAGGAACGCGGCCAAUAGUAAUGGUAGUUCUGUAAAAUCUGAAUCAGAAAUGCAGAACGAAGCUAACGAAGCCGGGGUUUCCUUUAUAGGAGAGAACAGGUAUCCUCGCUAUGUUCCUACCUGUUGCUGCAAAGGCGCCUUGCUGGUGUGUAUUCUAGCAGUUGUUUGUUUCUCAUCUGUAACACUGGUGCGCCAGUAUCUCAAAGACUUGCUUGUUUGGGUGGAGAGUUUGGACAGCCUUGUUGGAGCUUUGCUUUUCAUCGUGGGAUUGAUCGUUGUGUCCUUUCCCUGUGGAUGGGGAUACAUACUACUCAAUGUGGCUGCUGGCUAUUUGUACGGUUUUGUGUUGGGCAUGGGGCUGGUGAUAGUUGGGGUUUUGAUUGGGACUUUCAUUGCCCACGUUGUUUGCAAGCGAUUACUGACAGAGUGGGUUUUAAUCAAGAUUGAGAGCAGCGAGCAGCUGAAUGCUGUUAUCAGAGUGGUAGAAGGAGGAAGUGGACUUAAAGUGGUUGCCUUAGCAAGACUCACGCCAAUACCCUUUGGACUACAAAAUGCAGUGUUUUCAAUCACAGAUGUGCCCUUGCCAAACUAUCUUGUGGCUUCUUCAGUUGGACUUCUCCCAACCCAGCUCUUAAACUCCUAUCUGGGGACGACAUUGCGAACCAUGGAGGAUGUUAUUGCAGAACAAAGCGUCAGUGGAUAUUUUAUUUUUAGUUUCCAGAUAAUUAUAAGUAUAGGUCUGAUGUUUUAUGUUGUACAUCGGGCACAAGUUGAACUGAAUGCUGCUAUUGUAGCCUGCCAAAUGGAAUUGAAGACUUCAUAUAUCAAUGGCAAUACACCAAAUCUGAGCGGUUCAUCUUACUGCAGUAAAAGAACGUCAGCAUUGGGAGGAAUUAAUGUGGUUUAAAGUUCACGCAAAUUAUACAACUGGCUGCUUUGUAUCUAUAGUGACAUGUCUUUAUGAUAAUAAAACAGUAAUUAUUUGGUUUUGCAAGAAGUCUGUUAAACCGUGGUUAACUGCAGUAUAACAACCAGUUAUCUUUUCCAAUAGUACAUAUUAUAAAUGCAAACUUGUCUCUGCUUGGCUGAAAAUCCAGGAAUGAAUCAGUUUCCAAAUCGUCUGUCUGAACGAAGCACAGAUAUUUGAAAUGUAGUAAAAAGAUCAGGUUGAAACACACAGCUAUGGCUUCCCAGCCUACCUAAUAAUUUAAAUCUAGGUUGUUAAUGUGCUCUGUGAAGUUUGAAAAUUAAAAAAAAGUUUGCUUUCAUAUAAAUGAAGCCUGUGUGUUAUCUGCUGCUGUCUUGCAACUUUCUGAGUUCUUACUGCUAAACCUGCUGGUGAAAAAUGACAACAGCACUGACACAAUACAUACAUGUGAUUUUCACUUUAAAAUGACAUAAAUCACCUCGGCAGUCCUUUCCUUAUAGGUCAUAUCCCUUUGUCACAUGCCAUUAACUUAGUGGGCACGUUUUUCUGGGCGUGUUUCUUACUGAAAAUAAGAGGGUGGAGGGGACGACAACACUAAUGCUUUUAGCCAAAAGUUCUUGCAUACAGUUGCCACCUUUUUUUUUUUUUAAGCACAUUGUUAUUAAGGCUAUGCACAUGAUUUAAAAAUGUUGUUUUCCAUUUUGUUUCAGCCAUGACCCAACAAUACUGAGAGGGAGAUAUUGUAUCCUAAAUUUACAUUAGUAACUUGUCAUGUUGCUCUAAUUUAUAUUUGUAUUCAUGAUUGUUCAACCUAGUUAGCCUAACACUUGAAUGUACAAUGGGUAUUUGUUUUAUCAUUGCCCCAUUAUAUAUUGUUUUAUUACUUAAUGGUUACAUGCUUAUAAAAGCUGAAGUGCAGCUGUAUAUGAAACACACACUCAGUCAUAGUCUUGUUUUUCUAAGGCUUGAUGUUUGUGUAUCUAGUAAUAAAAUGAACCAAGUAUGAGAAAUGAUGGAGUUAUGUGCUACAAAGUCUUUUUUAUAUAGGUUGCGGUUGCUGGGAAUUCCUUUAGGAAAAUUAGAAUUUAUGUAGCCAUAUAGAAUUGCCAGAAGUACACUCUUCCAUUGGAAGCUGUUAUUGACUAUUAUACACUGGGUGCUUUAAGUAACGGAGUAGCUCAGUGCGAGACUUUUUCCACUCACUUGGAUCACUGAUGAAAUCUGUCUAGUGCUGUGAGCUGCUCAGAGGGAGCAGAACUGAGCAUGCCGUUAAGUUGGCUCUUUCACUUAGCUGCUCUGAGAGUCUCAGUUACUUAACUCGCCCACUGUUGCUGGACUGUUCUCUACAAUGUGAUUGUUCUGACAUGUCUUGGGCAUUGCUGCCCUUGCUGAUUCAGGGCUUUUAGGUUAGCAAUAGUAUUAACAUAUUUUUUUUUUUAAUCAAUAUACAUGAUGUAUAAGCACCUACACUCUCUAGGAUUAGUUAAAUGUAUACAGUUAACCUGCUCCUGCCUGUGUUAAAUGAACUCUAUGUAUUACAAAUGAUAUUCAUAUCAAGGCUGUGCUUAACACUUGCUGUUCUCAAGGUCUCUUGUCUGCUGUUCCUUCACUGCUGAGUAAGACCAAAUACACUUCCAAACCUCGCCUUGCCUAAAGCAAACAAAAGUUAGGCUUACUUUUUUAUUGUUCCCUCAAAGGGCAAAAACCUAUGCUCAGCCUAUGUUGAGAGUCCUAGCUAAUUGUCUGAAGUGGAUUUUUAUAAAGAUAUAUAUUUUUUUUGUAACAAACAGGAACAUUUUGCAGUGUGUAAAUUGAUAUUUAACGCUGUAUUAUGCUUGUUCAGUGUUAUAUGUUUGAAAAAAAGUUCUUAAAUGUAAAAUCCCUGUUUAUUCUAUUGUGGAAUGCAUCACAAUUGUUAGAAUAAAGUGAACAAAAAAAUCUAAGACAUUGGAUGGUCAGAGUCUAAUGUUUAAGCGAUACGACCAUUUGACUUUCAAAACACUUACAUUUCAGUCUUUGAAAGCUCACCAGUUUCUGUUUUUUGGUGAGAUUCAGCACAUCCCAGAUCAACUCCCACCUGAGGAAUGAGACCAAGGCCAAACAUACGGUACUGUCUAAGCUGUAAAAUGCCAUGUUCCCUGUGGCCCAGAAAUUUAAAACAAAGUGUUUGCUGGAAUUGAAAUUAAAAUCUCAUAAUUGGUUAGGUGUUACUGGAUCUGCAUUCUUACCCAGGGCUCAAAGUUGGCCAAAAUCCUUAUGGGCAUCUGGCUCCUAGCUUUUAAAAUUUGGUUGCCUUUUAAAAAAAAAAAAUAAUAAUAAUAAUAAUAAUAA